UAUUAGUAUGAGAAAAACUAAACCAUUGAAUAUAAAAUAGGACGACAUGUCCUUAAGCCCUAUCCACUCCGGCACUAGUUAUCCCAUACAGUGUAUACUCCCUCCAGCUGAAGGUCAUGUGACCAGUGACUCCGCCCUAUUGUACCCCCACUAUAAUAACGGAUUGGUAAUAGCAUAUUAUGAUAAGAAUAGGAAUGGAAAAACGAGGAAUGAAGAACGGGAACCAAAAACUAUAUAUCAAUUUAAUUGUCAUUUAUAAGGUUUCUGAGAGAUACUAUUCAUUAGCCAAUUUGUUGUGUCGGAACUGGUUGAUCCUGCCCACUAAUGAGGACAAACCGGUUUAUCUGGUUUCUGAUAGUUCACUAUCAGUGUCGGCUUUCCUUUUAUCACAAGAAAACUUUGUAGCAAAAGUGUUAUUGUAUGGUAGUGCGUCAGUAGCUGAGGAGGUGUGUCACUUGAACCGCUGGGACCAAUGUUCCCUCCCUCUCAAUGCACUGGAGACUGGACUGGAACUGAGGCAGUUGGACAUAGUGUCAUUAUUCCUUAGGAACAGAGGUAAAGGAUAUACUAUUUAUAGUAACACUGAUACUGUUACUAUAAAUAUACCGCCUUGUUUACACAACUACACUGGCCUAAUCUGCAUUGUUUUUGCUAUUACUGUUUUCAGUGUUUACACUAAUCUAGCAGCUGCGUUCUCAUUAGAAUUUAUCAUUGUUUAUAGAAGUAUG